AUGGCUCCCUCCAGCACUAGGGCCACCUCUGGCAAGAAGCCUUUGUCAUCCAAGACCAAGCCCAAGGCUUCUUCAAACAAGAAGCCUUCUGCCGCAGAUACGAAAAAAGGUUCGAGGGCUCGGAAGGCCUCCGGUAAGAAGACUCGGUCAAAGGAGUUGGUGGAGUCCUCGCACGAUGAGUUGACUGAGCCCGAGGAGGAGGAUCCCCCUGCUAUGCCAGAGCCGAAGCCUGCGGCCGAUUGCCCAGCCUUGAACGCAAGGCCAGUGGCCACAAAGGUGAGGCCCUUGAAGAAGGCAUCCAUGCCCCCUUUGAAGACCUCGACUCCAAAGUUGAGAGUCUCUUGGACCAGGUCAUCCACGUGGAUCGAGAAGGAACUGGAGUUGCAUGAGGAGCCUGAGGAGGAGCAAGAGCCCGAGACGGCCACUGAGGAGCGCGCUGCAGAGGAUGGAGGCGAGGCCAAUGAUGAGUCGCCCAGGGCAAGUUCCUCCCUUGUUGAGCUGAAAGCCAUAUUAGGGAGACCACCAUGGAGCCGACGGAGGGUGAAGAGGAGGAGGAACCAACCCAGCAAGGGCCUCCCCGAGAUCCUUGCCAUGGUCCCACCCUUUGGCGCAGAUCCCGAUGCCUGGAGGGCGAAUGGCAGCGUGUCCGAGUUCCAGGUCGAGCUUGUCAAGUUCCGUUCGAGGCACAAUAAGAGAAAAUACUGGCAGACCGUGCCUUUGACUGCAGCGUCGUUCAUGGGUCCCACAUUCCAGACGCAAUGGCACGCGAGAAUGGGGAAUCAACUCGUCAUGAAAUUGCUGGCGCAAGGGGGGCCGUUGUACUUGCCCUUGGAGGAGUGGGUAGAGGGGGACAGGAAGGCUGUUGUGGGGAGAGACAAUAAGCCUCCCUUCGACUCUUCAGCCCUCAGGCAUCGGACGGAGCUUGAGGCCAUUCUGGCCGCUAACAAGGAGCCAGACGAGAACCUCGAAGCUUCGAUCAAAGCAGAGGAGAAGGCCUGGAAUGCGUUGUCUGUGGCCAUGCAGGCGCAGCACCUUGCUUUGCAGAAAUACCGCUGGGCUGGCAUCGAAGGGAGUCCACCUAUUCCUGUUCCAAAGGUGGUGACUCCGAUUCCCUUGCCUAAGAAAGCAGUCCCGGUGUGCUUGCCCAUGAAGCCGGCUUCCAUUCUGGCUCUUCCGAAGACGACCGUCAUCGUGAAGAUCCCAGCUCAGCACUCCCAAUCAAGGGUCUCCGUCUCUGCCGCUGCUUCUCUGCCUCCUUCUCCCUCGAAAUCUCUGUCCGUUGUUGAAUCAACUCCUGCUCCCGAUGAGUCAAAGAAGGCAGACAAGGCGCCAAAGGCUAAGCUCAGCAUGGCUCUCUUAGCUCUGGCUGCGGAAGCCGAGCCAGAUCCACUACCCAUGCCCGAUAGUGUAAGUCAUGUCGAGUAUCAAGCCUCAUAA